CGAGCUUAGCCUUGAGAAGCAUUACGAGCUGAUUCGGUCGUGCAGAACAAAGAUUCACUGCUGUUUGACGCGGUACAGAUGAUCACCGAAGAUCGUGGCGAUGGCAGCUCGAUGACCGGCAUCCAGCUUCAAUUGCCCUCUCAAGCAAGCAGCCACCUCCACAGUAUCGAUCUUCAUCUCACCUGGUCGAAGCGCGUUCCAGCGAAUGGCCUCGUCGAUGUACUGUCAGCCCCUGGCAGCCUCGCCGCUCCUCUGCGCAAUCUACUGGACGAUGGAUUAAGCAAAUUCGUUCAGCAGCAUCUCUUGGACCGAUAUGGCUCCCUAUUCAACAGCAUCUACAGUGGCGUGGGCAAGAUCAGCGGCUCUGACACUGUCUUAUUGCUCGAUAUACUGAAAGACACCGGUCGGCUAUUCUCCUUCACACGUCUAUACACAGCGUCAAGCAAGCCUCUCGAUCUCUCUUUCGUCGAUGAGCCACUCCCUCGCCACUAUCGCAAACAUGGUGCCGGGCAGGCGCAGGGAGAGCCCAGAGGCCAUUUUGCAUCUGCUAAAGGCAGUCGACGAAGCUGCAUAUCCUACCUCUCGACUCAAGCCUCAGAUCCGUACAAGCGGUCCAACGGAGGGAGCGAAAGAGGAAGAGGACACUGAUGAAGAGCUGCUCGCGAGCAACGGCAUGGCACGCACAACGACGACAGCGGCGAUCAUUAGCGGCAGCGACACGAAGAUAGCAGAGCUUCUCUUGUCUUUCGAUGAUGACGACGACGACGCCCAAGGUGAAGCGAUAGGGUUGCGCCCCGCAGAAGCGGGCGACACGAGCGCUCGACUGUAGUAGGCGAAGCGGCGAAGCGGAGACGUCACGACGCGGCAUGUCACAAUUGACGCCCCCUUUGCUCACUCGCUCAAGAGCCGCGGUACCUGACUGAGUGAAGACGGGCAAUGCCACACCUCUCUUUUGCA